GCUUCCCGCGCCGCCCACCGCACCUUCACCCACCGGCCGCACCCUCCUCCGCGCCACGCCCCCGGUCGCCGUCACCAUGAGCUACCGCGACUCGGCCCUCCCAUCGGCGCCGCCGCACCUCCCUGUCAGCUAGGGUUGAGAUCCAGCUUCUCCGUCAGCACGGUGCUCUGGUGGAUCUCCUCCUCGUUUGCAACAUCAAUAGCAGCAGGACAGCAGCCAGGUGGUUCCCCUCCCUCCCUAAUUUCUCAUCUUGCAGCCAGGUCUGACUCCAUGCCCUUGAGAAUAGCUUGUCUAUGGUGGAUUACUAUUGCAGAGGAUAAUUUAUUGGCGGCAAGGAGGUCAGGCGUGAGACAUCACAUGUCAAGGGGAUUUACUAUUUAGUCUCUUCUAAUGAUUGUUGGUUUAAAGGAAAUCCAUUUUUUAACAGGGUUUCUUCCAAUUCAACAAAGUCAGUUGUGGAGCUGCUCGAGGCUGUAGGAGGCAGCAGGACAUGAUGCCGCACGGAGAUGGGAAUGGCCAUGCCCGCACCGAUGCUGCCGGCCGAAUCAGUGAGAGCAUCACUGCUGGCAACGGCUCCAAAGACCUCUCCAAGAGAUUUUUGAUGAGCUCCUCGGACGACACCAACUCCAACAUCUUGUUCUCUGUGCCCGGAAGCAAGAAGGCCAAGGUGCUCCGUAGUAUCCGCGCCAGGUGUAAAGAAGGCAAGGUGUUCAUCGAACAAUGACGGCAUGGUUACCAGCUUCAGCAAGAUUGAAUCUCAAGUAGGACAAACUUCAUAUAUAUGCACUUCACAUCCAUCUGGACUCUACUGCUUGUCAAUUGUUUAAUGCUACACACUAACACUUUGGACCAAAUUCAGUUUAGCCUGUCGAGCACGUUUCGAGUACCUGCAACUGCAGCAGGACUUCAUCGCCAGUCACUAGAGAAGCAUCGCUGGGAGUGUUAGUUGACACUUUAUGGAACGAGGCAGUGCUCAUUAGGAUGCUCUUGCAGCAAUCGACAUAAUUGAUGCUUUGUAAUUUCUGAAAGAGAAACAGAGUGUGAACUAUAGCUAUUUAUUUUUUAGGAAAUUCAGAUAUGUUUUAUUUCAUUAAUUGAUAAUAAUGAUUUUGAAUGUGAGAUUAGUAGCAAGCAGCAUUUUAUAUGCGUCUCUAAUGGUUUCACUUGUCUUCUUAGUUCUCACCCUUUUUGUAUCCCUGAUGUAGUAGGGAGGUUUAAAUGGGAUAAGGUGUAGAAGAACUAAAUAAAAGAUGUAAGCACCUUAUACUGAACACAACAGCAUGUGAUGUUCCCUUGCUCUAUUUACGUUAUUGUUUGUUUAUGGAGAUAGUCAUGCUCAUUUAGUCAUUUACCUCUUUUGUUGGCUACCACCCCAAUAGUCUUGGGAGUGGUUGAACAAACUUUUGACUGAAGUUUGACCCAACUACAGGGAACCGUACUAUAAAGGAAGUUCAAUCUACUGUCGAGACUUCGUCGUCUCAUCGGCAUGCUCGCCCGCGACAAUACAACUGCUGCAGCUGCGGAGAGACGCUGGAGCUCACGGCGGCGUGCCUCGUACUGUACCUCAACUAACAUAUUGGUCUUCUACAUAUCUUCUGAUCAAACUGGUUGCGAGGUCCAGGAAUUCAAGGAACGCGACAGGAAAAAAAGAUACUGCGAGAACGUCCAGGAUCACUAUUCGUAUCUCUGUGUUACUGUAUCUAAGCUAAAGAGUAAUUUAUUGGGAGAUAAACAACAUUUUCAGGCCAUACCUUGUCAGAUGGGCAUUUCCAUUCUCCAUUUGAAUCCUCCCAUUGUACUGUGGUACUCCAAGAAGGAUAUGCUCAGUGUGUACUGCAAGAAUGCCACGCCGAGGGUCUCCAUCGCGUGCUUCUUCAGCCCGCAUUUCCAUCCGGCCUCGACGAGGAUGUAUGGUCUGAUCAAGGAGCUGCUGUCGGACGAGAACCCGCCGUUGUACAGGGAGACCCUCGUCAGAGAUUACAUCAAACAUUACUACUCCAUCGGGUUAGAUGCGAAAACCGCCAUCUCUGAUUUCAGGUCGUGAAUCGUGAAGGUGAGUUCUGUGCCCUGAUAGUAAUGUACUAAUAGGUGAGCAGUUUGUAAUGCUAAGAAACCCAGAAUGUGGCAGUAAAAUGGCAGCACAAGUUUAUGCCAGGAUAUUAUGUACAACCUAAAUUGUACAGGAGUGCACCACCACUGGUUUCAUCUCCUGUUCCCUGGUGUAUGGUGUAUGUAUUUCACUGGAACAGAAGAAUGUACACUACAGAUACAGAAUGUACAUGAAAUUCAACUUUGUUCCAUGGUUUGUGAA